CUCCAACCUUGUAGCAAAUCUACAACGAAAAUAAUUAAUGUCGAACGCAUUUAACGUAAUUUUUAGCAACGCAAAACGAUUUAACACUUAUUUAAAUGUUUAUUUUACAGUAUUUCACAUCUGUACUAAUUCCACGAUGCAUAUAAAUGCCCGCAGAAGCUCCUAAACCGGGGGCAUUUUUCACCGAUUCACUCGGCAUCACUGGUAUUUUGUUUGAUGAUUGUUUGCGGCGCCUCGAGUUGCGAGCGGAGUCCCUUUUGAUACCGAAACUUUAAAAGUUCUAACGGAAAAAGCUGAUGGCUUCUUGUGUAUCCGCGCUUCGUACAUCAAGUUAAAUAGCAAAUGUGUUACCGCUAAUGAAAAAACCGCGUCUUAAUUCAUGGAUUGUUAGCAAUUGCGUGUAAUUUUCGAGUGAACACAUGUACUUGAGUGACUGAUAGCCAUCGUACAACAAUAGCCAUGUCAAACUUGAAAUCUGGUGUUGUUUGGGGUAGCGAGAAGUUGGAAAAAGCCGAAGAUGCCAUCUUGGAGAAUAAAUGGGACAUGGAAGCAUGGGGCUUGCUGAUCAGAGAAGCCCAAAACCGAUUCAUCCAAGACGUACGUUCCUUCUUCGAGAAACUAAUCUCCGUAUUCCCCACAUCCGGCCGAUACUGGAAGAUGUAUAUUGAAAUGGAGAUGAGAGGUCGAAAUUUCGAGAAAGUUGAGCAGCUUUUUCAACGUUGUCUAAUGAAAGUUUUGUAUAUCGAUUUAUGGAAACUCUACGUAGCCUAUGUGAAAGAAACCAAAUCGCUGUUGCCAACCUACAAAGAAAAAAUGGCCCAAGCUUACGAUUUCGCCAUCGAUAAAAUAGGUCUAGAUAUCAUGUCGUUUACGAUUUGGAACGAUUACGUGACGUUUUUGAAAAGCGUAGAAGCUAUCGGAUCAUAUGCCGAGAAUCAGAAAAUUACUGCUAUUCGAAAGGUUUACCAAAGGGCAGUUAUUACACCGAUGUUGAACAUCGAAACUUUGUGGAAAGAUUACCUAGCUUAUGAGCAAGCCAUUAAUCCGAUUAUUGCUGAGAAAAUGCUGAUGGAACGUAGCAAAGACUACAUGAAUGCUCGUCGAGUGGCUAAAGAGUUGGAAAUUAUUAUUAGAGGGUUGAGUAAGAAUUAUCCUAGUAUUCCUCCUACCGGUAGUGCCGAAGAAGCUAAACAAGUCGAGUUAUGGAAAAAGUACAUCUCGUGGGAGAAAAGCAAUCCUUUACAUUCAGAAGACACGUCCCUUGUUACCAAAAGAGUCAUGUUUGCGUUUGAGCAAUGCCUGCUUUGUAUGGGUCAUCAUCCGGAUUUCUGGUACGAAGCUGCCCAGUUCUUAGAUCAAAGUGCUAAGACGCUCACCGAAAAAGGGGUAAAUAUUGCGAACAUGAAUUACGUUCUUUUUUUGAAAACAGAUUUUAUAAAAUUGUUAUUUUUCCAGGAUAUAACUGCCGCUAAAUUAUUCACCGAAGAAGCCGAAGCCAUGUUUGAGCGAGCUAUUGCUAUUCUAAAGCAAAAUAUGCUGCUGCAUUUCGCCUACGCUGAUUUCGAAGAGAGUCACUUGAAGUACGAUAAAGUUCAUCAGAUUUAUAACGAUUAUUUGGAUCAGAAACAAAUCGAUCCUACUUUGGCUUAUAUUCAGUAUAUGAAGUUCGCUCGGAGAGCCGAAGGUAUUAAAUCUGCCAGAGCUAUAUUUAAACGUGCCAGAGAAGAUACCAGAGCGAAAUAUCAAGUGUUCGUGGCUGCAGCGUUAAUGGAAUAUUAUUGUAGUAAAGAUAAGAAUAUUGCGUUUCGAAUAUUUGAACUCGGUUUGAAGAAGUUUUCGAAUUGUCCAGAAUAUGUGAUAUGUUAUAUCGAUUAUUUAUCUCAUUUGAACGAGGAUAAUAAUACGAGAGUGUUGUUUGAACGAAUUUUAUCGUCCGGUGGUUUGGAACCAGCUCAGUCAGUUGAAAUUUGGAACAGGUUUCUAGAAUUCGAGUCAAAUAUUGGCGACUUACCGAGUAUUUUGAAAGUCGAAAAACGUCGAAGUUCUGUUCUAGAAAAGAUCGCCGAAUUCGAAGGCAAAGAAACCGCUCAAAUAGUCGACAGAUACCGUUUCCUCGAUCUCUACCCAUGUACCCAUACCGAAUUGAAGUCAAUAGGAUACAACGUAGUCAGUAAAACCGUUGCAAAAUCUAUUCAUUCGACGUCAUCUGCUCCCAAUCCAGACGUCGUAGAUGAUACGGAUCAACAGCAAACGCAUCUACCUAAACCGGAUAUCAAUCAAAUGAUCCCGUAUAAACCUAAAAUCAACGCUUUCCCGGGAGAACAUCCUAUACCUGGUGGUUCGUUCCCUCCUCCACCGACUGCCUCGCAUUUAAUGACAAUUUUACCACCACCGGAUUGUUUCAAUGGUCCUUUCGUAGGCGUUGAUUCGCUGAUUAACUUGUUCAAUAAGAUGAACCUGCCUGAUCGACCUCCGGCACCUAAAGGAGAUCACGGAUACGACGCCAGACUAUUCGAAUUCGCCAGCUCGGUGCAUUACGUAGACAACGAGGAUAGUUUCAAUAACACCAAUGCAAACACCAAUAAUAGAGUCAAGAAGAGGAAAUUCGGUCCUGGAGGCAUUCAACUAGACGAAAGCGACGAAGAAGAUUACUUCAGUCCUCCUAUCAACGAUAUCUACAGAUUGAGGCAGCAGAAGAAAGUCAAGUAGGAUGCUAAUUCGUCUUCGCUGUCUCGCUGCUGCAAAACCUUUAGAAUAAUUAUGCUAUACCUAUAUUUUUUCGUAUGUUGUAUUUGUACCGUACGUGUGUUGUGUGUUGUUUUUUUUCUUUCCCCAUUCUCCUUUAUGGUGUAUUUAGUUGAUAGUUAUCGCAAGUGUCGAAAGAUGAUGCAUUUUUACUACGAUUUAUUCUCCAUUUUUCAUGUAUAAAGACUCUUUUUGUUUUAUUUGUAUUGGAAUUCGUCGAUUUUUUUGUCCCUCUGAGUUGUUUGUAUAUAUUUACUAUUACAAAGUAUACACAGUAAAAUCAAUGAUUUUAGACGAAA